GUGUGUAAACGGGACUGAGUGCUGCAGCGUGGCGCUGAUCCGCCAGCGUUAGCCGCACUACGAGGAGCGCAGCAGGCCGAGCUCCAGGAGGGAGAUCCCGAGUUCCGGACGAUGUUCGCUUGUACUCGCGUCGCCAGAGCCUCCAGCCAUGGCGUGACCUCAGCAAGUCCACGAAAGAAGAAAUGCGGCGACACGUCCGUCUCGUGUCCGUGUGCGUGAUCUCGGUGUUCGUGGCCGUGCUCUACGUCUUCGAGCAGCUUGCGUCCUCGCUGGAGACCGAGGCCGCGUGGCGUGAGCCGCUCCGCCAGCCGGGGGUGCGCUCCCGAGGCCUCAGCCAGCCUCAGUCCGAGCACAGGUGUAAGUCAGUGUCUGUCACACACUGGAAUCCCUAUUGGAGACUGCCCCGUGAUGUUUGUGGAAAGAACUGCUUUAUGGAGUCGGCUCGUAGAUAUCCUGUGGAUAGGACGUCGUCCCAGGUGUCGAAGGUGGACCGAGCCGAGCCGGUCAGAUUGGCAGUGGUGGCUUGUGGCCCGAGGUUGGAGGAGACUCUUACUAUGCUGAAGUCUGCCGUUCUCUUUAGUCAGAGAACUCUCCACUUUCACAUCUUUGCUGAAGAUGAGCUCCAUUCUAGUUUCAGAGAUGUUUUGGAGUCGUGGCCAGGAAGGGUCCGUUCUAAAUUUAACUACACUACCUACCACAUCACCUUCCCCAGUGAUAAUGCCAAGGAAUGGAAGAGACUGUUUAAACCUUGUGCUUCCCAGAGGCUUUUCCUUCCUCUGAUCUUAACUGAGGUGGAUUCGCUACUCUACGUGGACACAGACAUCUUGUUCCUGCAGCCCGUUGAGGAGAUCUGGAACUUUCUCUCCCAGUUUAAUAGCAGUCACAUGGCUGCCAUGGCACCUGAGCACGAGGAGCCGAGAAUCGCCUGGUAUAGCCGUUUUGCACGGCACCCCUUUUAUGGCAAAACUGGUGUCAACUCUGGAGUUAUGCUAAUGAAUAUGACGCGCAUCAGAGCCAAACACUUCAAGAACGAUAUGACGACAGUUCAUCUGACCUGGAAGGAGUUGCUUAUGCCACUACUACAGAAAUACAAGCUUAACAUUACAUGGGGGGAUCAAGACCUCCUCAACAUCAUCUUCCACUACAAUCCAGAAAGCCUGUUUGUAUUCCCGUGCCAUUGGAAUUACCGCCCGGACCACUGCAUAUACGGCAGCAACUGCGCUGCUGCUGAGCAACACGGGGUUCACAUUCUCCACGGCAAUCGAGGCGUUUACCACGAUGACAAGCAGCCUGCAUUCCGAGCUAUUUAUGAAGCCAUUCAGAAGUAUCCUUUUGGAGAAGAUGCAAUCAAUUUUCUGCUUAAGCCGUUAGAGGAAAAACUGAAGAAUACCCUGCAUACAUACUGCGGAAGGUCCAGUCACCUUUUCACAAAGAAAUUACAGGAGAGCAUCAGAAAGCUGCAGAACGACAAUCACAACGCGAGAUGAUCUCACCCAGCUCAACCAAUGUGGGUUAGUCACGUCUAGAGUGCUGAGGAGAAGCGACCAGCGGUUCACACCAGGUCAUCCUGAUAAUCUCGUAGGAAUGGCUGGGAGGUUGAGAUGAGGCACUAAAAUCACUUUUACAUGUAAUCAAGACGAGCCAAAUGCAUUGAACAUUUUUGUUUUAGGAACAGCUCCUCACUACAGUUCUGUUUCCUGUUUUUUAAUCAUCAGCUAAUGAUGAAGCUGAAUAAGCGUGUUGGUACUGCAGGCUGUGAAUAUUUUUAUGAGUAAUAUUAUACGGAAAAAUGGAAAGCAGAGUAAAAUAUUCUACGUUUAAUCAUUAAGCCUUAUUUCCAGGGGUAGUAAAAUCAAGUUUGUCUGAUUUGAGUUCAGUUUUAUUAUUAAAAAUUAAUGUCACUAACGUUGUAAGAUCACUGGUUUUUAUGGUUGAAAAGUGAGCUUUACUAAAGAUCUGUAUAAAUGAGCAUUGGUGUUUAAUCAAAGGAUCUCAGAUGACAUACUUAUGCCCAUUGAGCCUACUAACUUACAGAUAUGAGAUUAUAACUUUAUAAUGCAUCGCUGACCGUCACUGGUCAAUUAGGAACCUAGUGUUCAUCAGUAUUCAUCUUUCGUCAAGUUUUCAGGUGAUUAAUAUUUACAGGUUUUCAGUGUUUUUUUUUCCAGUGAUACAUUGUUAUGAAUUUAUGUUUUAACAAAUUCGAGGGCUUGGCCAAGUCUUGUUUAUAGUUGCCUCAGUGUUUUACGUGAAUUCACACUACAGUUAUUUUAAUACAUAUUAAGAUGCUCUUCCGAGAUCAAUUAUUAUGAGUCCUUGUUGUUGUAAUUUUAAUUCUCUUUUGAAGUGCAUUUGAAAGCAAAGGCUGUAAGGAACUCAAACCCCAAAUUUGCCAAAUAGAUGCAGUCAGCAUUCUUCAAAAGCUGGAAAGAUCAUUGGCCUGAUGGUGGUGCUAUAAUGUAGCAUCCUUGUGACAGAGAAGUCCCUAAAAAUUGCUUAGAUUACCUUGUAGGCUAAUUUUUAAAAGUAAUAUGUUUCCGAACAUAGGCAGUUCACUGUCGUUUUAAAAACAAUUGAUGUGUUCUUGAUGAUCUUUAGAAAUGACAAAAAGGAACGAGUUUUUCAAAAUACUAAUGCGCACACAUUUUUUUUUGAAUUUCCACAGAGCAUACAAUACAAAUAGAUAAAGAAAAUCGGUUCUGCUUAAGCAAUACAGCAGACUGAGCUUCUUGAUCAGAGUGGGUUCCUUAGAUCAGGUGUUCUUCAGAAUACUUUUUCAACUGUGAUGAGCAAAUUUUUAUGGUUUAACAGUGUUUCAUCAUAUACACAAUAUGGACAAACGUUUGUGGACACCUGACCAUAAAAUUUGGAUAUGCUUCUUGAACAUUACAAUCCACAUUUUGUUCCCAUUCGCUAUUAAUAUAAUCUCCACUUUUCUGGGAAGAUGUUCCACAAGAUUUUGGAGAGCGCUUAUGGAGAUUUGUGCUCAUUCAGCCACAAGGGUGUUGCUACGAUCAGGUACUGAUGUAGGGUGAGGAGACCUGGAGUGCAUCAGUGUUCCAACUCAUCCCAAAGGUGUUCAAUAGGGUUGAGGUCAGAGCUCUACAGCAGGACACCCAAGAUCUUCUAUCUCCAAGGAGCAGGUUUUGUGCACAGGAGCACGUCAUGCUCGAACAGUUUUGGGUCUCCCAGUUUAAGUGAAGGGAAGAUUCAGGACACUGCAUCCAAAGAUAAGAAGAUACCAUAUACAAUUUGUGCUUCCAACUGGUAACAGUUCAGGGAAGAACCACAUAUGACUGGGAAGGUCAGUUGUCCCAAUAUGUAUGUUCAUAUAGUGUAUCUGUGUUUUGUUUUUUUGGUUUGCACUUUGCUGAAUGUUUAAUCUAACAGAGAAUUUAGUACCAUGCAACUGUUUUUAACUUUAUACUGUUCUCUUCGACUUUUUUAACGUGGUGGUGUUUACAAAUAUUAAUGUAUAGUAACAAUAAAAGGGAACAAAACUAGGCAGCCAACCAACUUUAUAUUAUGCUAAGUUUCUGAAAUGUGUUCCAGGCUCUUCAUAAGAAAUAGAGAUAUUUUGAAACUCAAAAACAAGUUGAAACUAUUUUGAAACAAGACAAAUUGUAAUUAAAACCAUUUGCUUUGUAUUCCCACUUCUACAGUAAAUAUUGAAUGAUAAACCUGAGUGCAUACUGAUCAUACAGCAGAUACUGAUAUAGCAGAAAUAUUCAACAUGCCUGCUGAAGAAUUUUGUCAUUUUGAUGUGCAACAUCUCAAUAAAAUUAAACAGAUUUUUUUUCAAAAUGUACAAAAUAUUUUAUAUUGUUUGAUUUGCAGUCAUUUAAUGUGAUCAUUGAAUGUUCAUGUUAAUAGUGGUACGUUCGCUAAAUGUAAAUGUUUGAAUAAUGCUGUAUAUUUUUGUAAUAAAUGUUGCACUUUUCAUUA